AUGGGGAAGAAAUUCCAACAGCAUGAUACAAGCAAGAAACUUUCACAUACAGAGGCAGAUAAGGUAAGGAAAACGAGGGGCAGCCGAUGUCCAUUCUCUAUCACUGUGCGAAAUCAGCAGGAUGGCUCAAGCCACCGAGAUACACUGCAUCAAAAGGCUGUAAAGAGUCAGGCAUGCAAAUCCAAAGUUUGCGAGGGCUCCAUCAUGUCGCCAAAGUCGCUUCUGUGUGGUUCUGCAGCUACUCCCUCUGACAUAAAUGACGUCCUAGGGCAAGCCAUUGACUUCAUCAACCUGUACUACAAGUCGUUCAAAAUCCAAAGAACUGAAGAGCAUCUGGCGCGCAUUGAGGAGGUUGCAAUAGAAAUAGAUGCUACGGGGACUUAUCAUCUCACUGCUGAAGAACUUGCCUUCGGCGCUAAACAAGCCUGGAGAAAUGCGCCGAGGUGCAUUGGAAGAAUACAGUGGUCAAACCUGCAGAUGUUUGACGCCAGAAAAUGCAGGACUGCUAAAGAGAUGUUCAACUAUUUGUGUGAUCACAUUCGUUUUGCCACAAAUGGAGGGAACCUGAGGUCUGCAAUCACCGUCUUUCCUCAGCGGACGGAUAGUGAACGCGACUUUCGUAUAUGGAACGGUCAGUUAAUCCGCUAUGCGGGCUAUCGGAUGGCAGACGGACGCGUUCUCGGAGACCCCGCCAGUGUGGACUUUACCGAGAUUUGUAUCCAGCUUGGAUGGAAACCAAAGUACGGUCGUUUUGACGUGCUCCCCCUGGUAUUGCAGGCAAAUGGAGAGGACCCAGAAUUGUUUGAAAUCCCGCCAGAGCUGAUUUUGGAGGUUCCCAUGGAGCACCCACAGUAUGAGUGGUUCAGAGAUUUGGGCCUCAGAUGGUACGCCUUGCCUGCAGUGUCUAACAUGCUACUAGAGAUUGGAGGUAUCGAAUUCCCUGCCUGUCCCUUUAAUGGCUGGUACAUGGGCACUGAGAUUGGAGUUAGGGAUUUCUGUGAUACCCAGCGCUACAACAUUCUGGAGGAAGUUGGUCGUCGAAUGGGUUUAGAGACACACAAACUGUCUUCACUGUGGAAAGACCAGGCAUUGGUAGCCAUCAAUGUCGCAGUGAUUUACAGCUUUCAGAAAAAUAAGGUCACCAUCGCUGAUCACCACUCAGCGUCGGAAUCCUUCAUGAAGUUCAUGGAGAUGGAGGUGCGCCUGCGAGGAGGCUGCCCAGCUGACUGGGUCUGGUUGGUCCCACCCAUGUCUGGUUCCAUCACCCCUGUGUUUCACCAGGAAAUGGUCAACUACAUUCUCUCACCCUUCUUCUACUACCAGUCUGACCCCUGGGUUACACAUGUUUGGAGAGAUGAAAGUAAGAAUUGGAAGAGGCAAAGAAUAAGCUUCAAAGGAUUAGUCUGGGCGGUCCUCUUCUCUCAAACCCUCACCCAUUCGGUCAUGGCUAAGAGGGUGAGGUGCACUGUGAUUUACGCUACAGAGACUGGAAAAUCUCAGACUUUUGCAAAAAAACUCAAUUCCAUGCUCAACUGUGCCUUCAACUCCAGGAUACUCUGUAUGGAGGACUACAGGAUCAGUGAACUUGAGAAGGAGAGCCUCCUGAUGGUGGUGACAAGUACCUUUGGAGAUGGAGACUGCCCAGGAAACGGAGAGAGUUUCAAGAAAGAGCUUUUCAACUUGAAGUUCCUCAAGAACAAGCUGAGGUACGGUGUUUUUGCCUUGGGCUCUCGCAUGUACCCACAGUUCUGUGCCUUUGGCCAUGCUGUGGACAAAAAGCUGGCUGAGUUGGGGGCCAUGCGUGUGACACCUGUAGGGGAGGGGGACGAACUGAAUGGACAAGAGGACGCUUUCUCAGCUUGGGCCUCCACUGCUUUCAGGGAUGUGUGUGAGGAGUUCAGUAUCCAAGGCCAGCUGUCUGGGGUUGACCGUUACUCGGAUUCCUGGGACCCUUCGAGGUACAGAGUGCAGCUUGAGCAUGGUACAAUGGACCGCAUUACAGCACUUUCUGUGCUCCACUCCAAAAAUGUGUUACCACUGAAAAUGAAGAGGAGGCAGAAUCUACAGAGUCCCCUGUCAAGACGCUCCACUAUACUGGUAGAACUGGAAAAAGAUGUAGGUGCAGAGGGCAUGAAGUAUGCCCCUGGAGAUCACGUGGGGGUGUUCCCAGGGAACCCCUCAAACCUGGUUGCUGGGAUCCUGAAGCUUCUCCCCAACCGCCUCCCCACAAACCAGAGCCUGCGUCUGGAGGUCCUCACUAACCCCAAUUCAGAUGGGCCAAAGAUUUGGCAGACGGAUGAGCGUCUCCCAGUGUGCCCCCUGUCCCAGGCUCUCACGUACCUCCUAGAUAUUACCUCCCCUCCCUCACAAACCCUGCUGAAGAAACUCUCACAGACGGCCACCUCAGAGGAGCACCGGCAGCGUCUCUUAACGCUCGCCACGGACUUCCAGGAAUACUCCACAUGGAAGGAGUUUCGGAGGCCCACCUUUCUGGAAGUCCUGGAAGAGUUCCCAUCCCUGGAGCUCUCUGCGGCAUUUCUUCUCAAGCAGCUUCCUCUGCUCAAGCCACGUCUGUACUCCGUCAGCUCCUCCCCUGACCUUCAUCCACACGAGCUCCAUCUCACUGUGUCUGUGGUGAACUAUCGCACUCAAGAUGGAAAGGGUCCACUACAUAAUGGAGUCUGCAGUACAUGGCUAAACAACAUUAAGGAAGGAGAUCUGGUUCCCUGCUUUAUUCAUGGUUCCAGUGGAUUCCAUCUCCCAGCAGAUCCCAGCACUCCCACACUGCUCGUGGGGGCAGGGAGUGGCAUCGCUCCCUUUCGUAGCUUCUGGCAGCAGCGAUUCCAUGACAUGAAACAAACAGGGUUGACUAGCAUUCCAAUGACUCUGGUGUUUGGCUGCCGUAACUCAGACAUAGACCAUCUGUAUAAAGAGGAAACUCUGGAUAUGAGACAGCACGGAGCUGUAAAAAGCAUAGUACUGGCUUAUUCACGUCAGUCUGUUCACACCAAGGUUUAUGUUCAGGACGUCCUCAGGAAGCAACUGAGUGAGGAAGCUGUGGAGAUAUUGCACCAGAAGGGAGGACACCUGUAUGUGUGUGGAGGCAUGAACAUGGCCCGCGAUGUGGCUCGUACCCUCCAGGAGAUCCUGGUCAGUCAGCUUGGAGUUAGUCCUGGUCAGGCUGCAGAUUACCUGCAGCAGCUCAAGACUGAGAAGAGGUACCAUGAGGAGAUCUUUGGAACAUAG